GCCUUAGUCAUCACCCCCUACACCUUGCAGAAUGAAUGGGUUUAAGCCAACAAUUCAACAUUUUUAAAACAUAUUGAUCGUCAGAACAUCCACAAUUUCUUUGUCCUGAACGUGAAGUGGUGCCGCGUAUCUCAGUUCGGAUCGUUGCCAGUAUCUGUGAUCCUUGUUUCUGGACAGCAUUUCAUUUUUAUGGCCCGGUUCUUUGUUGUUUUGCUGAUUGCAUUCUUAUUCAGCAAACAUCAUACUGAUUCAAUUCGAAAAAAGUUUAGAUGAUUAUCUAAAAACUCAUGAUAUUCUUGAUGGUCUGAAAUUAUUCCAAAUUAUCAUGUGUCUAUGAAAUAUCUAUUUCUAUUAAAUAUAUGUGGCCAUCUUUUUGGAAAGUCUUUAUGUGUUAGACAAUUCCUUUCCGGUCGAAAAAGUCUUUCCUUUUAUGGGAAAAAGCAGAUCAACGUCUCUGCCUUUGAGUGCCAUAAAAGCAAACAUUCACGGUAAUGCUCUCAGUUGCGCAUUCUGCGCAAGAAUGUGUGCGGGAAAGAUGUGGUGAGAUGGUUGGCAAAAAUAUUCGAUUUUGAAAUUCGUUUAGGGAUUUUGCCGACACAUUUUGGAAAUUUGGUAACGGUGACUGAAUUUGGAAAGUAUUUUGGAUCAUAAUUGCACUUUCUUCUCCCAUUAUUCGCCUUGCAUCAUUCAUUAUUCGCUCUGCAUAUAUUCUCACUUACAAAAGCUACCUCCAAAUUCGAACAUUUUUCAGGAUGGCAACCAACACAACAGACAUCUUCUCCACCACGGCCAUGCAGAUUAAUAGCCUUCAACCAGGACCAAUGUAUAAACCAGGACCUAGGAAAGCAGAUAAGAAAUAUGGAAAGGCAGCAUAAAGAAAUAACGAAAAUGAAAGGCCACCUUGUGUCUGCGGAAGCUAGAAUCGCCGCAGUAUGGAAAUCACUAAAAAUCUUAAAAAAGGAAUUCGAGAGGGAAGAGGCGAUGCUCUCCGAUUUGGGUGACACCAGUAAAAACGAAGAGCUUCUGUUUAUGGCCGAAAUGGAGGAGUCAGUAGAACCUCGCCCCGGCCCUUCUUCAGCAACCGAUUAGCUCGAUUGCUAUUUAACCCAUCAAUUUCCAAUAACUUAUCGAUGAAAAUGUACGUGCUUUUCUGCUCUCCUUGCUUUCCCCAUUAACAUCAGCUCCUUGACUUUUAUUUUGUCUCCUAGAUCCGUGAGCAUCUCCAGUUAUGCCAGGAUGAUAGUUGCUCAGCAUUAUUAUCCCCUGACAUUGCUUAACAACUGUUUCACAUCAAUUUAAACGUCCUUCUCUUUGGUAAAAAACGAUGUCAAAAAAUAUUUCUUUUUUCAUUUGAACAAUUUAAAAUCUAGCAAUGAACUUUCAUUUCAUUACAUAAUUCCAAACCCCCCAAACAGCUCCACCCGCCGUAAUACAUUUAAUAAUAUUAAAUGUAUUUAGUCCAAAUUUUCCGCACCAUUUUUAAAUUCUUUCUUCUCCAUAAUUUAGCACUCCUUUACCCGCGCUUUACCAUAUUAAAUUUCUGUUUCUUAUUAUCAAUUUCAUCACAAAGUAACCAUUUGUUUUUCUGCAAGAAAUCUACCAAUCAAUAUAACUUUUCAUACCUUUUACUUAGUCGAGUUCAAUUCCACCAUAAAUCUCACCCAGAAAACAAUCAUUAAUGAAAAUAGCUAAUUUGUUUCAACAAUUCGAUUCUUUUGCAAUAACUAUAACAGACUAAAACGAACAGUUCAUAUAACUAUCAAAUGCUUCAAAGAGAAAAGGGGCCACAGAGUAAAUGAAAAGCCCAUUCCAAUAUUUCAAGAAGGUAUGACGUUUUGAUCGCAAAGAUAAAAAAACACAACUUCAUAUACAUGGAAUACCAAUCAACGGUGAACUCGCUUUCAUAGGAAUAGAUCCUGUCAAAACCAGCACGUUAAGCAAUGUACAAUUAUCCCAAUUAUUAUCUCCAAAAAUAGUGCUAAGGAAAUGUGCCAAGUUAAGAAAUCUUCGAUUGCUUCCAAACUGCAACUAUUAGCUAAAUUAAUAACUUAAUUACGUCUUGAGCAUUUACUAACCCACUGUCCCUACAAUAUCCAGGCUUCCACAUUAAAGUGAUUAAUUUACCUGGCCUUCACAAUCUAUGUUCAACGCUCCAAACGUCUGGUAAACCUGUGAAAGAUUUUCCAAAUCAAAAAAUCAAAAUGAGUUCACAACCAUAGAAAAAGAAAUUUACUCUAAAAAACUUUAUACCAGUCCAUCCCAGCUUUCACCAACUGAAGGAUGGCCACGAAGACAACUCUUUGAAAUUACAGCAACGGAAAUAAGUAGAGUGAAAUUAAUGAUUGCUUCCGUCAAUCACGACGCGAACGAAAUUGCUAAAAGCAUUGAAAACAACAGAAAGAACUGAGAAAGAUAAGGGGUCAUCUGAUGUCGGCCGAAUCAAGAAUCGCUGCAAUCGAAAAAUCCUUGACAAAUUGAAUUUCAAAGAGAGAAGGAGAUUCUCUCUGAUUUGGGGGACACAAGCAAAAGUGAGGAGCUCUGUUGCCAAAAAUAUGUGUUCAUGUGAAGUCGACCGUGACGUUUUCAGUGGAACUUGCAGUAUUAUUCAGGAUAUACAGGUCAUAAAGAGACGGAAUCUAACCAUAACCAGAGAUGUCCUUAUCCAAAAACAAAAUGCCGGUGACCCUGUCACUCAAAUAUCACAACUGGCAGACACAGACAGGGCCCCAAAUCACAGAAUAUUCUGUGAUCUAAUUCUUUAACUCUUUCCAAGGAAGUGACCUUCUGACAUGUACCUCGAACUUUAACUUUGAUCCUUCAGAAAACAUACCUAUACCUGUUCAACAAAUGAAAGAACAAACUUCGGGCCUCCAUUCUGCUCAGAGGGAAGUUACAAUGGAUCAGCGAAAAAAGAUAAAUUCCCCUGGAUGAACCAUCCUCACCAAGAUACUUGAGAGAUGCGGUUCUUUUGGACCAGUCUGGUCAUAUUGCAACUUUUCUUUGGAACGAGCCAAUAGAACAAACGAAGGAGUUUCGUACUUUUACCAUUAGCCAAGUUGCUGUUAAACAGUAUUGCGGCAUAAAAUUGUCAACGACAUUUAUCAAGAACCCUUCAGCUGGGAAGGUGUUGUCAUGGACCUUUCCUCUUAGAUGCGACAGUACAAAAGAAACUUUCUUGCCCAGUAAUAGUAUCGACAAAAGCUUCCAUUUCCAACAAGACAUGCGCAAGAGAAAUAACAGUUUCACCUACGGAAAGAUUUCUAACCUGCCCAUUCUGCACUCACCGCAUGACAAUUGCAAAAUGCCCCCUCACGUUUAAUUGCGAAAUUACAACCUUGAAAGACAACGAGCAACUGUCUUUAAACGCCACGGCAGACACCUUAACCAACUUCUUUGGGGCAGAUGUUGUCCAAGCAUGUGAAGACAUUCCUUUGGCGCUUGAGGAUAAAGUUCUGGAGCUGGAAGAAAAUCGUUGAUCGAAUACAACACUAAAAAUACCUGAGUAACUCAGGUUUCAUACCAUCUACCUGAGUGCAUACCAUCAUUAUUAAACACCGUCAUUGGUUCAUACCAAAUAAAGCUUUAAGAUAUAUUAUCCCUAUUAAUGUAACGCUAAAUGUUGUAUUUCUUUUAUAUUGACACAAUUUUAUCCAAUCUGCUUAUUUGACUCACUCAUCCUCAACUUUGAAAUUUCUGGUUAAAUAAUCAAGGAAAUCAAACCAAUUCAUUUCAAGCCUAAUACGAAAGUUAACUUUGGUUGGGGACAAUGUGGAAUCUUUCCUUCUUAACCAAGAUGGGCACUCCCGUGAGACAAUUCAGCAAGAACCUUUCUGUCAGUGCGGGUCGUUAGAGAUCGUUAGGCACGCAUCGCUAUUUUUUGUGCAAAGGUUGAUAGUGGAAUCCAAAGAUCUAGGUUUGGUAAACGUACUGGAUGAUAGAAUUCUCCGCCGUUUAUGAAGACGCUGUAAAUCUGCAUAACGCAUUUUGAUGAAGCAAAAAUGCUAUUCGUCAACUCGAAAAAAGACACUGGCCCUGAAAUUAUUAUAUUUGAGUUACGUUCGAAACGCUUGCUUUUUAAGACAGUUAUACAAUUUGUGUAUAGAUGCAACUAUCUUUUAAAUCGAAAUUUUGACCAUAUUACCCAAAAAGCACUAUCAAAUACCUCUAAACGUGCAAAAUCAGUUGAAUGUGUCCCAAAUUCGAUGAAAUAUGGCCACAUAGACACAGGAUCUUUCCCCAUCAAACCUCUAUGCUUUGCAACUUAGUUCAUAACUUUAUCCGCCAAAUUUUGAACAUAUGUAACCGGUUUUGAACAUGUUGAGACGUUACGUUAUUUCAUUUUAUUUUGUUACGUUAUUUCAGAUUAUGAGGUCAAAAUUAAAAAACUUGUAAAAUAUAUUUGUUAUGAUUCACUUAAAAAAUUCACUUUUUCAAUUAUCUUAUUCUUAAUUUUCUCAAUAUUGUUAAUCUUUUUUUCAUUUUUAGCCUAAGUUUCAGUUAAAUUAUUCUUAAGCAACCAGAGGUGUAACUAAGUCACAUUACAGUGCUAGUGAGGCCUAGGCCAGAUACGUCUAUUUCAAGUCAUAUACAAGGGUGGAACUCGCAUUUGUUUUGCUUUUCCAUGUGCUUGGAACAAGUGUAUAACUACAAUGUUCCAAGCACAUGGAUAAACAAAAUGAGCUCUAUGACAAUCUACUCAGUUAUUCUUUUAGACAUACACUAUUUUUUUAAAAAAGCAUUUUUAAAAGAACACGACUGGUCAAAAGUUAUAGAAAAUUUAAGAACAAACUGAGGCUGAGCUACUGUAAAAUGCAAUUUUGAACAACGUUUUAUCUCAAAAACGAGGAUUUUAGCCAUGUCUGGGUGCUUAUUCGGUGAAUAUUGAAACAUGGCGGCAAAUGAAACUUUGUUCGGGUUUUCACGUAAAUUUUCAUUGCGUAGUCGAUUAAGGUUUUGGUUUAGUGUAAUUAAGCCUUAAAAUGUAUCUUGUGACUUUGUGAUGCAGCUUUUCUGUUUACCAUAUUUUCUAAUUGCUUCGAUUAUAAUAAUUACACUUUCGUUUGAGCCAACUGACGUAAAUUGAAUAGAGCAUCGUCAUUGGUAGUUUAUUUUGGAUUAAUUAGUUUACAGUAUAUAUAUAGAACGUUGAAGUUUUGUUAGUGCGUGCGUGCAACUGGGGGUGGUUGUGCGAACCCAGCUGUGAUUUGCUGAAUAAUAUGAAAUGUGAAAAGCUCAAAUGACUUUUUCUUCAGUGUUUUCUCUGGAAUACAAAGUUUAAAAAAGAAUCAGCAAGAUAGAUCCUGAGAGGUCUAAAAAUCUGGUCCACCGAACCUAGAUGCAUUUGUGUUUCAGUGAAUGAACUAUGGAUGAACUGAAGAAGAAGAGAAACAUCAGAGGAGGACAUAGAGCUUUUGCAACGCAGUUGAUCAGACAGAUUGAAGAUAGUCUGGAAGAUCAAUUGAAGUUGAAGCAGCUUGAGAUACAGCUAGAUGAGAAAUUUGAAGUCUUAGGAAAAUUGGAUGACGAAAUUUUGGAUCUUGUAAGCGAAAUUGAUGAAGAUGGUUUGGGAUGCUUACAAGAAAUUUCUGAGGCUGGAGAGAUGAAGGAAAAAAUAAAUCUAGCGCUGCUCAAGUUGAAGAGUUUAGUGAAGAAUGAGAAGCAGUUGGAAUCGCGGAAGCCUAAUUUAACAAGACAUGGCUCAGAAGAAUCAGUUUAUUCUGUAGAAAGUUCAGCGUCGUCAGCAACUCGUAAAGUUCGUGCGAAGCUACCGAAGUUGGAACUGAAAAAAUUUAGUGGCCGCCCCCAAGAUUGGCAGGAGUUCUGGGAUAGUUAUAAAAGUGCGGUUUACGAAAACGAAGAGAUUUCAAAGAUUGACAAGUUUUCGUAUUUGAAGCACUAUUUGGAAGAACCUGCCAAAAAAGUAAUUGCUGGACUUGCUUUGACUGAAAAAAAUUAUGACGUAGCUGUCGAUUUGCUUGAACAGAGAUUCGCGCGACCAACGACGAUAAAAAGGGCACAUAUCAACGAGCUUCUGAAUUUAAAUGCGGUUUUUAAUGAGAGACAUGUUAAGAAGAUGCGAGAACUUUAUGAUACUAUUGAGACACACCAUCGUGGAUUGAAAGCCCUAGGGGUCGACGAAAUAUCAUACUCGAACAUAGUUGUACCUGUUUUAAUGGACAAGGUUCCAGAGGCUGUUCGCCUGAACAUGAUUCGAGGAAGAAAUGCGCUAGAGAUGCACUGUCUAUUGGUCUGGUAAAACAGUGGUAUUGGUAUUCCAGAAUAAUGAUAUUAGUCUACCGAAACAAUGGUAUUUGUCUUCCAAAACAAUAGCAUUUGUCUACCAAAACAAUAUUGUUGGUAUACCCAAAAAAUGUCAUUGGUCCACCAAAAC